ACCGAAACUAAAGGUAUAUUUGUUACAAAUUAAUGAAACCCUAUAUAUAAACAAUUUUUUCAACAAAUAAUAAAAUAUAAUAGGCAUUUUAUUCCGUUUAUCCAGUAGCCUUUCAGACCUUGCAGUAUUGCAGAUCGUGUGCUAAUUCGUUUGAAGAAAAUUCCGGCCCUUAGAAACCGAACUUUAUGAGGAAAUAGCUUCAGUAAAAGCGAUUUCUGUGCGUUACACCAUUGCAUAUAAGAAUUACACUAUACCGGCAAUAUGAACUAUAAGCCGCUCACCUAUUAUUCAUUAUAACCGCAGUAAAAACGAUGAUUUCCGGGGUUGCUAUGUUUUUGCAAUUCAGCGUCUUUGUUAUUAUUCAAAUACAAUUUGUGAUGGGUUGGCAUCCGCCCUAAUUAGAAUGGAAACUGGCCUGAAAAUGUGAUGACAACAAAGCAAUUUCGUGAGUUGUGAACAAAGUCGAGAGAACUUUCUCACAGUUGGUGUUCACACGUCAGUUGUAUCAGCAGAUGUUUGAAAUUGUGGCAAAACAACGCACGUCGAUCAAAAGCAACAACGUUCCCAAUCGACAAGAAUCGGAUACGUGCGCAAUUUUUCCCCGCAGGCCUACAACACAUCAAAGCUGAAAUAAUUCUUUCUUAGACGCGCCCUUGAAAUGGAAAUUUUACUUAAUUUAAUCGGUUGGUUACUUUCGAUCGUAACAGCAACAGGAAACGCCUUUGUAACUUUUGUCGUCGCCAAAAAUCGUCGACUAUAUUCCUCGGCCAACUGGUUCGUCGUUUCUUUGGCAGUGGCCGACUUUGGAGUCGGAAUCACCGUUUUUCCAUCGAGCUAUUUUUGUAAUUACUCAAUGGCGUGUAACUCAAGGGUGUACAUAGCAUUCUUCUGGUUCUUCCUUCACUCUUCGGUCACAAAUCUUUGCUCCCUGACUUGGGAUCGUUACAUCGCCAUAGUUCACCCUUUCAGAUACAUUACCUCCAUGACUGAGAGGCGCCCUGGAAUGGUCAUCUUGAUGGCAUGGUUAAUUCCCUUCGCGAUCUCGUUGUCACUUUUCGUGGGGAUGUACGCCACAACCUCCAAAACGGCUCUGAAAGUUCUAAGAUUAACUGGCGUGUCUGCCUUUGACAUAGUAUUCUGUGCCCUGCUCUUCUAUGCUGUUGUUCGAAUCCUUGUUGUUGCACGCGCACAGUCACACCAAGAAGCUGAAGAAACUGCAAUAGUACUACAACUUUGGUCCAACGUCACAUCUACGCCGUCGGAAUCCUCCGGAAAUUUGCGCAGACGUAGAAAACACAACACAUCUCGCUUUAUAAUUGCCCUAGUUGUAUUCUUCUUGGGAUGCUACGUGGUUGUAAGUUGUUUAGUUCUUUGUAUUACAUUUUCUUGCCAAGUGUCUGCUAACGCUAGCCAGUUACUCAUUCUACUCCUGGUUCUGAACUCAGCAGUGAAUCCUUUGGUAUACGCAUUUUUGAAGAGUGACAUUAAGAAAGAAAUAAAAAGACUUAUUGGCAGAGGAAACGGCAAAAGAGACAAAUCGGCAUAUGUAUGAUAUUGCAUUUCGUUA